AUGCCAGUCACAAUAUUCCUUAGAGUAAAGCCAUCUUCCCAUCUUAACCUCAAAGAAAUCCUGUAUUUAGAGGAUGAUCAGACUGUACGGAUUGACACUCAUCAAUUUAAAACUAUUGUACCUGUUAAUCAUCAAAUAUUGGCUAUGAAUUAUAAAUUUAAUAAAAUUUUCUAUCAUAAUUCCCAAGAAGAAAUUUAUCAAAUAACAGCAAGUCAUUUAAUUAAUGAUGCAUUAAUUGGAAUUAAUGGAACCAUAUUAUGUUAUGGACAAAUAGGAGCUGGAAAAACAUACACAAUGAGUGGUUUAUCACAAAUAUAUAAUGAUCGUGGAAUCAUACCACGAAGUAUUGGGCAUUUAUUUGAGGAAAUACAGAAAAGAUCAACACUUUCUAUUACUGUGAAACUGUCUUAUAUUGAAAUAUAUAAUGAACAAAUUAUUGACUUAUUAGCCGGUAUAUCUUUGGACAAAACAACAUUCAAACGAUCUUCUUUUGAGUUUUUACAAAUUGCUGAAUCAAAUGAUCAAGUUUAUAUUAAAGGAUUAAAUUGCUUAACUGUAAAUAAUUUAGAAGAAGCAUUGACUGUAUUGUUUGAGGGGGAAUUAAAUCGUACUGUUGCAUCACAUUCAUUAAAUCGUUUUUCAUCACGUGCUCAUGCUAUAUUUACAGUCUAUUUAACGAUUAUUGAUUCAAUGGACAGUAAUGGAUGUAUCAAAUGCAGUAAAAUUCAUUAUGUGGAUUUAGCUGGUUCAGACAAUUUAAAAAGAACACAGACUACUGACAAACUAUUCAAGGAAUCUGCCUACAUUAACCGUUCUUUAGCAUUUUUAGAGCAAACAAUUUUGGCGUUAUCUGAUCCAACAAGAGAUUAUAUACCAUAUCGACAAUCGAAAUUAACCCAUUUUCUAAAAAAUAGCAUUGGAGGUCGUUGUCAAACUAUUCUCAUAGCUAAUAUAUGGAAUAAAAAUACGUUUCUAAAAGAAACUUUAUCCACUUUGCGAUUUGCAAGUCGAGCUAUGUCGAUACCCAGUAAACCUGAAAUCAAUCAAAUGCAUGAUUCUAUGGCAAUUAUAAAAAAAUUACAAAACUCCAAUGCUAACCUACUUCGAGAAUUACUUAUGUAUGAUACAUUGAAUAAUCGUGGACAAAUAAAUUAUGAUCCUUUAACUGAAAAACAAAAAAAUAAAUUACGUAAUUCUGUACUGAAAUAUUUAAAUAAUGAAUUGAAAGAUUUAGAGAUUGUUAAUCUUCAACAAUUGAAAGAAACAUUUAAUAUAUUCAAACAAAUUACCAAGUCACUUCAAGUUCAAUUAGAUGAAACAAAAGGUCAAUUAAGUAGACAAAGUUAUUAUACAGCAAGUCGUUCACCUACAACUGUAGCAGUUUCAACUAUAUCUAGUAGUUCACGUAGUGGUGGAACUGUUCAAGGUUCAAAAAUUGCAAGUAGUAAUUCAAAUAUUAGUACAACAAAACGUCAAACAAAUAAUUCAGUUAAUAAUGAAACAAAUUUAGGAAAAUCUGUACAAAAUGUUAAUUUUAAAGAUAAAUCUUUAAUAGUUAAUCAAGUUGGAGAAUUAGAUGCUUCAUCUGGACGAGGAUUUUUACCACCUAUUGAUCGAAAUAUUUGUGAUAAGUUUUCAUUAAUGACAGAUGGAGCUGUCUUACAAGCUAAACGAAGAGAACAGAAACAGUCUGUAGAAAAUGAUAAAAUUGAAAAUAUGAUAACAAAUGAAUCAAUGAACAUAGAAAAUUCUAACUUAUCAAGUUCACCGAAUAAAUAUGAUGCAUUUGAAGAGUUUAAACGUGAACCCGGUUCAGAACUAUUCACUAUUUAUCAACAAAAUAAAAAUUUACUACAACAAAACCGAGAUCAAGGUUUGAAAUUAGCUACAGAAAUCAAUCAGAUCAAAACCAAUGUGGAUGACUUACAAAUUCAAUUGAAUAAAUUAAAAUCUGAACGUGAAGCACAAGGAUUGAUCCAAACUGUUGAACAUGAAUCAAUUAUUACUGAAGAUGAAUAUAAUUUAAUAAAACAAAUACAAAUUAUAAAAGAUAAUUACAAACUAAAAUAUUCAGAAUGGUUAAAACUUAAAGAAAUUAUACAAUAUUGUAAAUAUAUGUUAGAUGAAUCACAAAAACGUUUAAUACAAGAAUUUGAAAAUUGGUAUCAACAAUGUUUCAUGGAAUCAUUGAAUCAGAAUGAUCCAGAAUUACAUAAUAACCAGCUUAAUUCAAAUACUCUUAAUAACACAAUAAGCAAAAAUAAUAAAGUGACAAUUUGUAAUGUAAAACAGAAUACUGAUGAAAAUGAUUAUUUAAUGCAAUUUAAACGAGCUCAAGAAGAUUAUUUUUCAAAUCGUGCUGACAUAUUAUCAUUUCAACGUACUAAAGAAAAUAUUACAUAUAGGCAAGUUUAUCAAAGAAAACAACAAGGCUUAAGAAAAUUUCAUCGUACCUUAAAAUUUAGGUCGAUUAUCAUGCCUCAUGGACUAAAUAAAUCAUUGUUCGAAGAACAGAAAUGUAAUACUACUAAUGAUAUUCCAACUUAAUUGAACAGAUUAAACAAAUUUUAAACAAACAUAAUUUGUUAACUAAGAAAGAUGAUAACAUUCGCUUCUUUUUUAUUAUGUAACAGUUCAUUAGAAGUUUAUUGAAAGAAGAAUGCAUUUCUUCUGAGUAUUAUUUUAGAUUAUUUUGUAAUGAUUUGAUUAAUUAUGCAUAAAAUAUUAGGAAAACAAGCGUAUGGAAACGACUGAUUAUUUGAAGUUGACUAUAUGACAAGAAUGAAAGUUGAUAUGACCGAACCAAAUUGUAGAUAAUUAGUAUUAUUUCACAAAUAUACUAAUUGACAUAUUUUUUUUUAAAUCUUGUGUUAUUACACAAUUAUAUUCCCUGAAUUAUGUAUUAAAAUGUUAAUAAUAUAGUUUUGAUAUCAAUAAACUCA